AGUGAGCCGGUAGAGUGCAGUCAGUGUGGGACAGACCAACGGAGGAAAGACUAAGGGAAUAAAAACCACGACUUUUUAUAAAAGUUGUGCGGAAUCAUGGAGUUAUGUCGGGUCCACUUGUUCCUGUUUUUAUUCUGUCAUCAUGUCUUUAUCAGCCUCCAGUCGAAAGAACAAGUGUUACUGGAUAUGAGAGCUUUAGGAUCAGAGUUGGGGUGGUUGACGUUGCCAAAUGAGAACGGAUGGGAGGUAGUUCAAACGGUGGUGAACAGCUCGCUUUACUACACCUACAGUGUUUGUAGCAUUGAGUCUACUGAACAGGACAACUGGUUACGCACAACAUUCAUCCAGCGGCGCCCGGGAGCCACUCGAGUCUCUGUGGAGCUCCUCUUUACUGUGCGAGACUGCAACACCUUUGAUGGUGCUUCUGUCGCCUGCAAAGAAACCUUCAACCUUUUCAUCUCAGAGGCCGACGCCGACGUUGGAACCAACUUCCGUAAAGGCCAGUUUCGCAAAGUGGCCACCAUCGCUCCUGACGAGGUCACACAGGGUCGUGUGGUGAAGGUCAACAUGGAGACGAGGACCGUGGGGCCUCUGUCUAAAAAGGGUUUCUACCUGGCUUUUCAAGACAUGGGCGCUUGUGUGGCACUGCUUUCUGUGAGAGUUUACUACAAGACGUGCCCAUCCACGGUGCAGAGCUUGGCGGCCUUCCCGGAGACUGUGGCGGACGCUCUCAGGGAGGUGGAGGGAGCCUGUGUGGAGAAUGCCAUCAGUCAGGCCACCCCACGCAUCUACUGCACAGCUGAGGGAGAAUGGGUGGUUCCCGUGGGUCAGUGCCAAUGUCUCGCUGGCUAUGAAACCACCGGGGAUUCCUGCCAAGAAUGCAAACCAGGCUACUUCAAGCCAUCUGUAUCGGGCGAGUUGUGUCAGAUGUGUCCCGAUAACACAAAGCCGUCCACAGCCGGUGCCACCGACUGCCAAUGUGAAGAGGGUUUCUUCCGCUCUCCUUCAGACCCUCCUACAUCCCCCUGCUCUGCUCCACCCAGUGCCCCUCGAGACCUGAUCUCCACCACCCUCUCAGCAGAGGGCAGGCUGCAUCUGUCCUGGAGCCUGCCGCUGGUGACCGGGGGCCGCAGGGACCUCACCUACAGUGUGGAGUGUAAGCAUUGUGACGGUGCCGUGUGUGUCCCAUGUGGCGAGAAGAUCCGCUUUGAGACAGGUCCUACAGACCUGCAGGACACUGAAGUUGUGAUUAGUGACCUGGAUUCUCAUCUGAACUACACCUUCACUGUGGAGGCUCACAGUGGCGUGUCCCAGUUUGGAACAGAGAGGCCCAUCGCCAGCAUCACCACCACUCUGGACUACACAGAUCCCCCCAAGGUGACGUUUAUCAAUCUGGAUGAUCGCAGCCCCACCAGUCUGUCUCUGUCCUGGACUCUGUCUCGCAAGGCUCCAGCCCACAUCAAUCACCGCUACGAGCUCAUGUACCGCAGAAAAGAUGAUGAGAGCGAGCGUGAUGUGACUACCUACACAGUCCUGAUUUUGGAGAAAAGUUCAGUCCUGAUCAAUGACCUCACCCCAGACACUACGUACAUGUUCAGGGUCCAGGCACUGAGUCCUGAAGGAAACCCCGGCAGCUACAGUGUGGAGCAUGAGUUCCUUACUUCACGACUAGCCGAGUCUCAGAUCCAGAACAGCUCCACCAUGGUGAUGGGAGCAGUAGUUGGCGUCGCGGUUAUUCUGCUCGUUGUGGUGGCCGUCCUGUUGCUGCGUAAACGGAGAAUUAACUCUCGUGGCAGGGGAGGACCUGAAGAUCCCUACUUCUCAACAGAUCAACUCAAGCCUCUGAAGACAUAUGUUGAUCCACACAUGUAUGAGGACCCUAACAUUGCUAUCGCAAAGUUUGUCACAGAAAUUGACCCGAGAGCAAUUAGCAAACAGAAGGUCAUCGGUGUUGGAGAGUUCGGGGAAGUGUUUUGGGGCGUGAUGAAGACUCCUGGGCGAGGGGAGGUGCCCGUCGCGAUCAAGACCCUGAAGCCGGGGUACUCUGAGAAACAGAGGCAGGACUUCUUGAGCGAGGCCAGCAUCAUGGGUCAGUUUUCGCAUCCCAAUAUCAUCCGCCUGGAGGGAGUUGUCACCAAAUUCAAGCACUUAAUGAUAGUGACCGAGUACAUGGAGAACGGAGCUCUCGACACAUAUCUGAAGGACCGUGAUGGGGAGAUUCUUUCAUAUCAGCUCGUGGGGAUGCUGCGGGGAAUAGCUGCUGGCAUGAAAUACCUCUCCGACAUGAACUACGUCCACCGUGACCUGGCAGCAAGAAACUGUCUGGUUAACAACCUCCUGGAGUGCAAAGUGUCUGAUUUUGGACUGUCACGUGUGCUGGAAGAUGAUGCUGAGGGCACUUACACAACCAGAGGAGGUAAAAUCCCCAUUCGCUGGACGGCCCCUGAGGCCAUCGCUUACAGGAAAUUCACUUCAGCCAGCGACGUGUGGAGCUUCGGCAUCGUUAUGUGGGAAGUCAUGGCAUUCGGAGAACGGCCCUACUGGGACAUGAGCAACCAUGAGGUCAUGAAGGCUAUCAACGAGGCCUUCAGGCUUCCUGCUCCGAUGGACUGCCCCUCCGCUAUCUACCAGCUCAUGCUCCAGUGUUGGCAGAACGACCGCUCCAAACGACCUCGUUUCUCUGACGCUGUCAACAUUUUGGACAAACUGCUCCGAAGCCCAGAGUCUCUGAAAACCAUCGCCGACUUUGAUCCACGCGUGUCCAUCCGUCUGCCCAGCACCAGCGGCUGUGACGGCACCACGUUCAGGUCGGUGCCUGAGUGGCUGGAGUCCAUAAAGAUGAACCAGUACAACGAAAGCUUCGCUCGUGCGGGGAUCUCAACCAUGGAGCAGGUGCUCGCAUUGAGGCAUGAAGACAUCAGGAAUAUUGGAGUGCGGUUACCCGGUCACAUGAAGAGGAUAGCGUACAGCAUCCUGGGUCUGAAAGACGAGACCAGCUCGCUCAGCGUGUUUGCAGUGUGAUCUAAAGCAUUCCUACAAAUCAAAGUGCACUGACCGACCAUGCCAUUUCACUCACGGACAGGGAGGACUGAAGUGGGGGGUGAAACUGAGCUACACUGCAGGGUUUUUUUAGUUUGGCGCGACUGAAGAGGAGCCUCUACGCCACUCAGAAAGGACUGAGCUCGAAAACACUUAUGUACUUUAUAAUAACAGAAGACAAUUAAUUUAUCUUUAUGUAAAACAUUUUUUUCUAUGUACAUAAACAAGAUAUGUGAUUUAGUAAUCAAAACAAUUCUUAAAGUAAGUGCAAAAAGUGAGACAUUGUGAGACUGCUUGGUCUGUCUUUACUGAAUGACUGAAAUAUUUAAGGUUCUUUGUUAUUAUGGGCAUUCUCUUCCAAGCACUCACUUUAUCCUGCCAGGGUUUCUGGAUCCUUAUAUCUGUUUGUUUUUGUACAUUUUUAUUCAUGAUCAAUGAAACUUACUUAAAAAAUGUAAGUAAGUCAACUCAGGGCAAAUAAUCACACAUUCUGUAGUUAGUCUGUCACAUGAUGCAUUUUCUUCAAAGUCUUUUGUUUGUUUACAUCAUGUCUUAAAACAAUUGUUCCUUUGUAUUUAAUAUUUAUUUUAUUUGUAUUUAUGUCAUUUGUUACAUGAAAAAGAACUCUGAUCUGGCACAUAUUUGCCAAGUGAUGUAUUUUUGUGAAUUUAAAUAAAAUCAGUGUUUCCUUGUGA